AGGGCAACCAGGGCCGAAGGACAACAAGGGCUCAGGCAGAGGGGGAGAGAGGCUGCCCAGGGAGCAGCUCGUCCAGGGCUUGAGGAGUCUGAGUGCGCCGUUGAUUUUUGCUCCCGACAAAGACACAUACUGUCUAAACUGUGUGACUGGUUGUUAUUAAGAAGCUGCUGUAAGAGGGGAAAAUGUAUUUAAUAAAAGGCCCAGUGUCUGUGGCCUUCUAGGAAAUCUUGAGGUGUGACCAGUUUUCAGCCUUCAAAACCAAGAUGAACUGCCCUUGAGAAGGGGUGUUCAUGGGCGAAGAUGUUCACGCUUUCUCUCCUCAGCCGGGGACAUGGGAAGUUGGUCCAAAACAAACAGAAGUUAGAAGUCUAUUUUGAACCAGAGGAUUACUUGAACUGGAAGUCCCCAGAAGAUUAUGUCCUGGCCAGCAAACCCCAGGAUGAGGGCUCCUGGAGCCUCUUCCUUCCGAAAACUUUUAGCACCAGAAAAGGUGCCCUGAUCCUCUACUCAGAAGGUUUAGCCAUAUCAGCAUGGACACCCGAAGAGAGGAGAAAGGGCCUCUAUCGCCCCAAAGGCCACAGGAAGAGGCUGAACCUUGAACUGCACACACUUCGAGAUCUCAAGGAAGCCAUCCUGGCAUACGGAAGGGAACAGAGGGAACAGGACAGAGCUUGGCGACCAUACCUCCACUUCCAAAGCCAGCCAGAGAGCCAGGCCCAACGGCGGAUCCAGCCUGGGUACUCAGCCAAGAGAUACCUGCGAGGCCUCUUGCAGAGAUGGCCCCUGGACACCAUGUACAGGCUCCAGUGUGCAGGAUACAUCAAGGAUUCUGUGCUGCUCCAGGACAGUCAACUUAACAUACGAAAGAAUCUCAGGCCACAUCAGGAUCUUUCAGGUGUACCCCCAAAAUACCACCUCCUGCCUGUCUUCCCUCCAUUUUGGAUUCAACCAGAAAAAUCUUAUGAACAAGGUCAACAGGGCCUGGAGGAGGGGGAUGCUGGGGCUGGUGGACUUGUGGACCCUGUAGCCAAGGACCCAGGCAGUGAAGGGACUCACUUGCCACCACUCAGGAAGCAGCCCUGGCAGGAAGAUGAGAGCUGGGCAGAGGACACGUCAAUGCAGAAUCACCAUCGUAUACACGCUUCAAAGGGAAGCCAAGGGCACAAAGAAAAGACACAGCAAACCUCCAGUAGGGCCUUUGAAGCCCACAUCGAUCAUUCUCGGUUCCUGGGUGACAAAACCCACAUUACAUUCUACCGAGGCGCCUUCCCCAAUAGGAAGGCAGAUGUCAGUGACAAACAAGAGGAUGUGAAGCUCCACAAGGUCAGAGGCAGCCACUUGUUACAUGAGACCCCUGCUGAGAGAUGCCUUUUCCCUCCAGUACCAUCUACCACUGGCUCAGAAAAAAACACACCUGGGGAAGUGAAGAAGAAAAAGGAGUCAAAGGCUUUGAAAUUACCUCCUAUCUCAGAAGAACCACCCAGAGUCCUGGAUCCCCAGAGGAGUCAAUUUAAAGUCAAUGAACCCCCGACAGAGCUCUUCAUCCUCCCUGUGGAGAUUCAUUUCCACACCCAACACCCCUCCAAAGAGAAAGCCCCAGAAAGAGAUGUUGAAGCCCCACCCCAGAAUUCAGUUCUACCACAGGGUCCCAGGACAUCAGGCCACAGCAGUUCCAGAGAUGCUCUGAAUGUGACACCACCUGGGAAGGCGCUCCUAGCAGAAGGACAAGAAGGUCCUAGGGACCCCACAUUGGAACAUGUCUUGCUGGAUCCAGAUGGAGUAAAAGUCUGCCUGUCCCUCCCAGGGCCUACCCAAACCAAGGGACUUGUGUCAGGUGAAGCAAACACUGAAUCUGGAACUGAUCUUCACAUGAAUCUUUAUGAAAUCUCACCUUUGACCCAGGAGCCAGAUAAGCAGACUUGGGAGACAUUGAAUUUUGCCUCUUUUUCUGAGCAAAAGUUUGGAUCUCAAAGUAUGAAGCUUCCUUGUCCAUCUGGAUCCCUCCAUGGAGCCCAGCAGUCCAUGGAGGCAGCGGCUCAGAAAACAGGAGAGCCUCAAAGUUAUAUAAAUAAAGGGCUGAUGUGUUCAAACAGCAAAGAAUUUUACACGCGCAAGCUGCACAUUGACAUGAUGCCGCUCCUGAAGGAAAGCGAAGAUGAACUGGACCAUCCUGAAGGAUCAGGAGGACCCCUUGGAGAAAAUCAUCAAGACAGCCAAGACGCAGAACUAAGGAGUGGGACCCUUAGCCCUCUCAGUGUUUCGCUGUCUGAGCACAUCCAGACCCCUGAGGCAUAUACUGUCCAAGAGGUGGGUAGCGAUCAUUACGUACAUCCCCAGCAUAGAGGACUUCCAGGACAUGGAGUGGGAUCGCUAGAGAGGCUGGGUGCUGUGGAUACAUUUCUUCUUCCAAGAGGAAGACAAGAGGAGGUAGAACCAAGACUUUUCAACCAGCAGACACCAGCCAGCAUCAGCCCUGAGAGAGAGCUGAUUGGCAAAGCCAGGAGAAAGAAAAGAACCAAGACAGACAAAUCCAUGACACCUAAAGGGGAGAGAGAAGGCAAAGGCCCUGGUGGAACAGAGACUGCAGUCGGAAAAUCAAAGGAAUCAAAGAUUGAAAAGAAAUCUGAGCUAAUUCUCAAAGAAAAAAAAACAAGAGUUAAAAAGAAAAAGACAUCAAAGGAAAAGAAUCUGGAGAUAGCAGCAGAGCUGAGUGGGCCUGAUAUGAUCAACUCUGAGGAAAUGGAAGACCCCUCAGAUAAAGGUUUCUUUCCUUCCAGCUCCAUUGUAGAGGACCCUGAGCUUUCUCCCAAAUAUGAUGCUGGGGAAAGCCAUGUUUCUAUAGCUGAAAGGUCAUCAUCACCUACACAGAUUGUCACCGUCAGUGGAAACAUGGAAAUUGAAGGAGAGAAAGACCAAGAUGACCCUUCCAAGGCCCUCUUGGCUAAGAGGGAGCAGGAGAAAGCUUUCCGGGACAGGCUGCGAGCGGAGAAGGCCAAGAUGAGACAGCUGGAGGUGGAGAGGAAGAGAAGGGAGCAGGAAGAAGAGAGGCAGCUCCAGCAGGAGCAGCUGGAGAGGGCAGAGAAGAUGAAGAAGGAGCUGGAGCUGGAGCAGCAGAGACGCAUAGAGAAGAUACGCUUAAGGAAACAGAGACUUGAAGAAGAACGCCAGCAGCAGGAGGAGGAAGAGAGAAAGCAGUUGGUCCAGUUGCAAGCGGCCCAGGAGAGAGCCCGGCAGCAGCAGGAGGAAUUCCGGAGAAAACUGCAGGAGCUGCAGAGAAAAAAGCAGCAGGAGGAAGCCAAGAGGGCUGAGGCAGAGAAGCAAAGGCAGAAGGAGCUGGAAAUGCUGUUAGCAGAAGAACAAAAACGCCUGUUGGAAAAGGCUGAAGAAGAACGACUGGAGUACCAGCAGCAGAAACAGGAAGCAGAAGAGAAGGCUCAGCUGGAGGCAGAGGAGGGAAGGCAAAAGAAAGAGGAAGCAGCAAGGCUGGCUCUGGAGGAAAGCAAGAAACAAGCCCAGGAACUAGCCAGGCAAAAAGCUGCUUUGGAGAAACAUCUUCAUUUCCAUCGAGAGCUGCAUAAGGAAGCCAGUGGCCUACAAUGGACUCAGAGUAUUUCCAGAGCAUGGGUCUACUCUUAUUUCCAGUUUCUACAAAUACCCAGGCCUUAAGGCUAGAAGGAACAAAAAGUAAGGUGGGGGAGAGGGGGCAGUGAAGUUGAGAGGUGGAAAAAAAAGAGUCGCUUCCUUUUAUAAUUCAUUUAUAAUUCAAUUCAUUUCAUGUGGUUCCCUUGAACCCACGCUUUAGAUUUUCUCUACUCUGGGGCCUCCAUUCCCAUACACCCUCCCACCCCACACAUAUGCACACUUUGCUCAACCCAAUUAAAUUCUUUAUUCACCUAACCCUUUAUGUUCUCUAAAACCACAUAAAUCCAGAAACUCAGGUACCCUAAAACUGUCCAUGACUUGGUAACUUCAUUUUGAAACACUAAUAUGGUCUUAGAACAAAGUGUUUCAUUUCAGUAAGUUUGUGUCUGAAAAGUUGCAGAUAAAUGGAAAUUCUAUAAUAAAAAUAAUUCUAAAUUAGUUGAGGGGAAUGCUAUUAAGAAUUUUAUUGUAAAUCUCUUUAAAAGGCAAACCCAUAUCCUUUCAUCCUGAGUCUAAAAUUUAUGUCUAUUUAAAACAAGGUAUUUUAGCAACCAUGAUAAAAUGCUCACUUGAGCAAAAUAAGGCUAUUUGUAAGGCUAUUCUCAACUCCUCGAAGUAUAGAUUCUAGAGCUGCACUGACCAAUACGGUAGCCACUAGAUUCAUGUGGUUAUUUAAGUUUCAGUUCUUCAGUCAUGGUUGCCACAUUUCAAGCGCUCAACAGCUAUACGUGACUACUACUACUGUAUUGAACAGCACUGAAAUAGAACACUUCCAUCACAAAAAAAAAUUCUAUUGGAAAAUACUGUUCUAGAGUCCUGAAAAUUAACAAAUCUUGAAUUUUUGCUCUUAACUGCACUUUGAAGAACUAUCCAUGCACAAAAUUUCCUUUUUAAGAAUCACACAGACUUUGUAUCAGGAUUCUAUCAAUUAGAUAAUUUGCCUCUGUCUCUUUAAUAUCUAAUAAAUCACUAAACAAGGUAUCUGUCAUAGAAUGAAGGUAAUCAAAGAAUAUGAAAGAGCUUUAGCAAACAAGGUAUUUGCUAAAAUUAUGUUAAAGCAAGCAAUAUCAAAACCUGAAUUUACCCGAAUUUCCUUUGGCCUUACCCUAAAUUUCACUAUUUAUAGCUGAAAAGCUUAAUAUUUACAGGUAAUUCCCUCCCAAUUCUCAUUAAUGAUUGUGAAAUAUUUGCUUUCUGCAUCUCUACAACCCAGAAGUUGAGCUUAAUCUGGAUUCUGUAUUGUUGUGUCAUCAGACUUGCUUAGAUUUGAUGCAUUAACUCCUUGCUUCAUGUAAAAUUAAAUAGAAAUAAAAUGGCCAAAACACUGAAUAUCAAUUGUAGUGAAUCUAAAUGUUACAAACUUUUUCUCACGAUCAUUGGUGCUGCUUGCAUAUUCACUCAUUCAAUCAAUUCACUCAAUAAUAUUUAAUCAAAUAAGAGCAUCUCAAAUAAUUCAACCAAGAACAGAAGAAAACACUCAAGGAAAACAUCCUUGUGCGGGAAAUUACCAUUACUGACUUUAUUUUCUUCCUUCUUUAACAAAUUUAGGAUGUUGCAGUCAAGCACCAGGUAGAGUGGCUACACUAAAUGUUAUACAAAAUUCCUUCCAAAUCUGAUAUUCUAUUCAACUGUUGCUGUGAAAUGCCUAUUUUAUCACCACUAACUACACCAGAUAAGCACUUUUUGAAGUUAACCUCAGCAGAGUGCAAUACAUUUAGAAGAAUCCAAUAAACUACUUCUUCAGUAGCUAAGAUCCACUGCCUAAUUGCUGAGAACUUUCAGAUAUUUAAAGAAGCAAACAAAAUUAAGAUACCCAACUACAUAUGCACACUUCUCGAUAGCUCAAAUAACCAAUCGGGUUUGUUAGUCUUGACAGAAAUAUGCAAGUCAUGAGGAUUUCCUUAAAACAGGCCUAAUUCCUAGACAUUAUUUACUGUAUUAAUAAAUGUCAAGUGACAGUCCAACUUUAAAAGCUCUCAUUUACCUUGUCUAUACAUGUAUAAUACAAAUAACUUUUCAGUUAGGGUCAGAUAUAGGAAUCUUUAGGUCACGCCAAUCGGUUUUUCAACAGCUGAUUUGAUUACGGUAUGUAAACCAUAACAAUUUAUAAAAUCAUUAGAUAGGUUUUAUUUGCUUAAGUAGUCAGAUGACAGUCUAUUUGGGAUGUAUGAAACGGGAUCAUGUGUAUGCACAGAUAUAAUAAAUUCUGUGAUUCAUUAAAGAGUUAAAAGGAAAAUUUAAGCCCUCUCAUAGGAACAAACUAAUCUGGCAUUUUAAUUUUACAUGGUUUAAAUAUUUAAGAUAUAGAAAGAAAUAAAAAGAAAAAUAUAAACAAUGUUUAAUACAUGCAACCUUAACUAAUCCGAGAACACUCUGUAAAUUGUUAAAGGGAGAAAUGAAAUUAUCAAUAUAAAUCAAUUAAGAAUUUUUUGCAUCCCCAUUUUUUCAACAUGAUUGGGGAACUGUACCAUAUAUAUGCCCCAUACAGGAAUAUCAAAUUUUUUCUAAAAAAAACAGAACACUGUGUAUUUAAGAAGAUAUGUGGCCUUAAUUAAAUUUUUGAUUUGAAAGGCACUUCAGUAAUUUUCAGUGCUUCAAAGUUAUUAACAUUACCACUGUACAGAACUGAAAAAAAAUUUAUGUGUACCAUGGACAAACAGUAAUUUCCAGUAUU